CUGAUAAACCCUUCUAGUAUUUGGUGGGGGGUUUUGUUUCCGCCUCCUUCUCAAUCUUUCCUCUGCUUCUAGGGUUUUACAUUCCCCCUCCACACACACACACACACCCUGAAAAAAAAAAAGCAAAAAAAGAAAAGAAAAAGAGAAUGUGGUAUCUAUGUGUAUUUUAUCACCGAUUAUUAGAUUACAGAAAACCAGAAUUCGAAUCAUUAGCUCAACUCUUUGGUGCAUUCCCUCCUGAUGACAUCAGCAACCCAACAGCAACUCAUUCACUUGAAUGGAGGCUUCCAGAACAUCAUCACCCUGAUUCUCCUUUCCAUUUUGUUAAUCUUCCUUCCGAAGAUAUCGCCCGCAAUAUCGCCAAUCGAAGUAUUCUUGUGAAGGGGCUUUAUGAAAUUUGGGGGGAGGGAAGUUCAUACGAGGAACUGAAAGAAGCCAUAAACAAUUAUCCAGAUGACCGAAAGUUGCCUUACCUAACUUCAGAUAGCACUUUCAGGAUUAUUAUAGAUAGCUUUGGAAAGGCCAUAAGCUUCAAGGACCAAACAGCUCGCAUUCAGGGGAUGGCAUACAUCCCCUUCGAGGGCAGAGUUGACUUGCGGAAUCCAGAGCAUAAGUUUUGGCUUAUUGAAACGGAUGACUACGGAACGAACAAUGGGCUUCCACCGGUUGUUGACAAGAGAAUCUUUUUUGGACGUGAAAUCGGAGCUGCUGAUAGGAAGCUUAUUCCUACAUAUCAGUUGAAAAGUCGUACUUAUCUUGGACCAACUGCCAUGGAUGCCGAAGUGGCUUUUUUGAUGGCCAACCAAGCACAUGCCAUGCCUGGGAAACUUGUUUAUGAUCCUUUUGUUGGCACAGGGAGCAUUCUAGUUGCUGCAUCACAUUUUGGAGCUAUGACAAUGGGAGCAGAUAUUGAUAUCCGGGUGGUGCGUGAUGGCCGUGGACCAGAUUGCAAUGUCUGGAGUAACUUUAAACAGUAUGGAUUGCAAAUGCCAGUUUCUUUGCUAAGAGCAGAUAAUAACCUUCCUCCUUGGCGGCCCGGGUUGAAAGAGGUGUUUGACGCGAUAAUUUGUGACCCUCCAUAUGGGGUUCGUGCCGGAGGUCGUAAAUCUGGUGGCCGGAAAUUGUUAAAAGGGGUCGUGGACCCCUACACAGUACCUGAUGACAAGAGGACUGGCCAUAUACCAUCAACAGGUGCUUACAGCUUAGCAGAAUGUGUUCAUGAUCUACUGGACAUGGCAGCCAAAAUGCUCGUUAUGGGUGGCCGUCUAGUUUAUUUUUUUCCGGUGUUAAGAGACACUGACACACUCGAUGUCAAUUUCCCAGAACACCCCUGUUUCAAAUUAAUUGCUAGCUGUGAACAGAUACUAAGCUAUCGUUAUAGUAGGGUAUUAUUGACAAUGGUAAAAAUCUCACCUUAUACUGACGAAAUAGCAGAAGCAGCAAGGUUACAACAUUUGGAAUUUAAGGAGAAUCAUGUCAAGUGGUUAGAAGAGGGUAAUCUUCAUGCUGCUGUUUUUAGUCCUGAAUUUCCUUUGAAUGAUGAUCAAGAUACCAAAAGUGGCACCAAAGAUUCUAAGAAAAAAUAUAGGGGAAAAUAUGUUUAGAUUUGGGCUAUUGCAUCCAUGAAUUGCUCAAUUUAUCACAUUAAUGGUGACCUGGUAGUGUUGCUUUCAUGUAUCUUCUUUUAGAUGGGGAGUAUAACUUUAUAUCGGUUAGGCCUUUAGUUGCACGAAAACUGACCAUUUGAAAGGUUGUGCCAUGUACGUCUUAUAUGUUUACUGGGAGUUAUUGUUUUAGAAAUUUAGACUCGCCUUUUUUCUCUUGCC